ACAACUUGGUGUAAAUGCGAAAUAAUUACACUCCAAACCUAAAAUAUAACUUAAUGUUUAUUUCCUGCAUUGCAUUUUGUGAAGAUAAAGCUAUAAUCUUUAUGUUGCGCACGCGCACGCCCACUUGCUCCAUUAGCGAGCUAGCUAUCUAGCUACUUGGCUAGUUUGUAAAUUAGCAAGCUAGUUAAUUACAUAGCUACUGAAAUAUCACAAUUAAAUAAUUAAUUAAUGAAUAUAGACUUAGUGUUCGCGCUUUGUGUAAGUGUUAUCAGCCGCUACAGCUAUGAACUGGAACAAGGGAGGACCGAGUGGUAAACGAGGGUUUGGCUUCGGAGGGUUUUCUCUCUCCGGGGGUAAGAAAGAGGAGCCUCGGCUGAGCCAGCAGUCCCACAGCGCGUUUGGAAGCUCAGGCUCUGCAGGAGGUUUCGGCAAAAACCAGCAGCUGCCUGCCUUCUACAAGAUCGGAACCAAACGCGCCAACUUUGACGAGGAAAAUGCCUAUUUCGAGGAUGAUGAGGAGGAAUCAAGCACCGCGGAUCUGCCUUAUAUCCCAGCGGAGAACUCUCCUACCAGGCAGCAGAUGCAAUCUGGAGGAGGAGGAGGAAGUGGAGGAGGUGGAGGAGGAUCAGACAGCGAAGACGACCCCCUCGAUGCCUUUAUGGCUGAGGUGGAGAACCAAGCAGCCAAGGACAUGAAGAAACUGGAGGACAAAGAAAAAGAGAAAAAGCUGACCAAGGGUAUUCGAGAUGACAUUGAAGAGGAAGAUGAGCAAGAGGCUUAUUUCCGUUACAUGGCGGAGAACCCAACAGCUGGGCUGAUCCAGGAGGAAGAGGAGGAGAACGUGGACUAUGACAGCGACGGGAACCCCAUCCCUUCUACCACUAAAAAGAUUAUCAUGCCGCUUCCUCCUAUUGACCACUCAGAGAUUGACUACCCUCCUUUCGAGAAGAACUUCUACAAUGAGCAUGAAGAGCUCAACAGCUUGACUGGAGCACAAGUGGUGGAGCUGAGACACAAACUCAACCUGAGGGUGUCUGGCGCCGCUCCUCCUAAGCCCUGCACCAGUUUCGCUCAUUUUGGCUUUGACGAGCAGCUCAUGAACCAGAUCCGCAAGUCUGAGUACACACAGCCUACGCCCAUCCAGUGCCAGGGUGUCCCCAUAGCCCUGAGCGGCAGAGACAUCAUCGGCAUCGCCAAAACGGGUAGCGGCAAGACGGCCGCCUUCAUCUGGCCAAUGCUGGUGCACAUCAUGGACCAGAAGGAGCUGGAGCAGGGAGAGGGUCCCAUUGGUGUGAUUGUCUGCCCCACCAGAGAGCUCUGUCAGCAGAUCCACACGGAGUGUAAGCGCUUUGGGAAGGCCUACGGCCUGCGCUCGGUGGCUGUGUACGGAGGGGGCAGCAUGUGGGAACAGGCCAAGGCUCUACAGGAAGGGGCUGAGAUCGUCGUUUGCACUCCGGGUCGCCUGAUAGAUCAUGUGAAGAAGAAGGCGACAUCCCUGCAGAGAGUGACCUACCUGGUGUUUGAUGAGGCUGAUCGUAUGUUUGAUAUGGGCUUUGAGUAUCAGGUGAGAUCCAUCGCCAGCCACGUAAGACCAGACAGACAGACUCUACUGUUCAGUGCCACUUUCAGGAAGAAGAUUGAGAAGUUGGCCCGGGAUAUUCUCAUUGACCCGAUCCGCGUAGUGCAGGGAGACAUUGGAGAGGCGAAUGAGGACGUGACACAGCUGGUGGAGGUGUUGCCGAGUGGCUCGGAUAAGUGGGGGUGGCUGACACGGAGGGUGGUGGAGUUCACCUCGACUGGCUCUGUGCUUAUUUUCGUGACUAAGAAAGCCAACUGUGAGGAACUAGCCACCAACCUGCAGCAGGAGGGCUACAGCCUGGGCCUGCUGCACGGAGACAUGGACCAGAGCGAGAGGAACAAGGUCAUCAGCGACUUCAAGAAGAAGAGCUUGCCUGUCCUAGUGGCCACUGAUGUCGCAGCUCGUGGAUUGGACAUUCCCUCGAUCCGUACUGUCAUAAACUACGAUGUUGCCCGGGACAUUGACACACACACGCACCGCAUCGGCCGGACAGGUCGCGCCGGAGAGAAGGGUGUGGCCUAUACUCUGCUCACAAGCAAAGACACCUCGUUUGCCGGCGACCUUGUUCGUAAUUUAGAGGGAGCGAAUCAGAGUGUCCCGAAGGAACUGUUGGAUUUGGCCAUGCAGAAUCCUUGGUUCAGGAAGUCCCGUUUUAAGGGUGGAAAAGGAAAGAAGCUGAAUGUCGGAGGUGGAGGUCUCGGAUAUAGGGAGAGACCAGGGCUAGGGUCCGAUUCAUCAGAGCGCAGUAGUGGCUCUGUCCUUGGCAACUACGAGUCCUACAAACCCCCCACUGGAGCUAUGGGAGAUCGCAUGGCUGCCAUGAAGCAAGCCUUUCAGGCUCAGUACAAGAACCACUUUGUGGCAGCAUCAGGUAUCUCUCCCAAGCUUAGCGCACAGUCAAACAGCACCUCAGGUUGGACAAGUGCAGGCAGUCUGAGUUCUGUGCCCUCUGGAGCCCCUGAAGGAAGCCGUACACAGUCAUCUUCCUCCCCCAUGCCCCCUCCUCCUCCAGCCAUCAGUUUGGGCACUAAGCUUGCCGGCUUCAGCAGCUCGGGCUCUUUGAGCUCCGUGUCAGACUCUUACUCCUCCUCUUCUUCAUCCAGAGAGGAAUCCCGCCACGACAGGAGCCGCCAUGGAGACAGCCACCAUCGCCACAGCGACAGGGAUCGGUAUGGGGACCGGGAUCGCUAUGGCGAUCGCGACAGGGACCGAGAUCGUCACAGCGACAGCCGCAACGGCGAUGGUGGUCGCCGGGAGAGGGACAGUUGGAGAGGAGAAAGGGAAGGCGGGGAAAGGGCAAGCUCACACAGAGGAGGUGAGGACAGCUUUGCUGUUCCGGAUCCACCAAAACGGAAGAAGAGCAGGUGGGACAGUUAGAGCUAAACCCACAGGAGACAUCGAAAGAGCAGGUCUGAGAUCAGCCAGCCUUUUCAGCUGAGUCCAUCUGGCCGCUGUUACUCAAAUAUCAACAUAUAAAGGGCACUGAAGACUUUGAAAGAGUUAAAGCUGCGUGUUCUCUUCAGUAGAAUCCCUGUGAAUUGUAGAGAAGCAGAUCACAGAUGUAGAACAGUCAUGCAGGCCUUUCUCUGUAACUAUGUGUGUGUGAAUUCAUCUUUCUGUCAACAAAGUCAUGUUUUGGGGAGAGAUUAUUGGGGCUUUUUUUAGGGUGCAGAAAUGACUUUGCUUCCUAGUGAUACUUUGUGAAUUAAAAAAGAAAAGUUGCAUUUCCAGGGUGAAGUAAUUUCAACAUUUUUAUGAUUAUAAAUGAGAAAUUAUUCAAAGACUUUCAGUCAUUGAUAUAAUGAUCCAAAGUAUCUGUGAGUGAUCUAUUUUGUAGGUUUAAGUCUUUGUUCUGUAUUUUAGUACAUACUGUUACAAGCUUGGACAAAUUUGUGCCAUUACAUAGUCCCCUUCUACCCUGUCUGUGAUUUUGUAUUUUAAACCAAAACUAAGUAUGCUUAUAUACUAGUUUACCUUCAAACUCCUGGCUUCAGUUCGGUACCUGGCGCUAAAGAGAGUGAAGGUAUCGAGUCUUGCGCUGCCAAUGACUGCAUUAAAAACCUAUAAAACAACAAAAUCUACUAAGUGGGGUGGAGGCCUGGAAUAAAAUUUGUGCUGUGUAUUCAUUUUUUUUCCCCAGUCUACUAGAUUCUGAAGGCUUAUCUAAGAGCACUGAACUAUUUUCAUGUAUUUCAUCCAUUUUGUGAUCCUGGUGCAAUUACAUAAAUCAUACAAUAUCAACCUGGCUUGAAUAAACGUGUUAAAACCUU